UCUAUUGCCUCGUUUCAUUUUUAUUUUCUUUUAUGGUCUACUCCGGAAAUUUCCAGCUUAUAAGAACAUAAUCUCUACAUUAAUUUUGGUAACUCAGAUCGUCCUAGUUAUUUAUCUCAGAACUUUGUAUUGUUGGGAAGUGUCUGGUCUGAUCACCAAUCUACUGGUACUUGACAGAAUCAAGAUGGUUGUAGAUGUUGCUGCAUCUGCUGUAGGACUAGCAUUAUCGCUGCUGUGUAAGGCCAUUGAGGAAGUUAUCAGAAAGUGCGUGAUCGACAAGAUUGUGGAGUUCAAUCCCCUGCUCAAGAAGAUCAAUACCAAGCUGAAGACAGUGAAGCCAGGGAUAGAAGAGAUCGAGAAAAGCAAUCUAGAAUUGGAUCGCACAGGUGAAUUGAAAGAUUUCAAACAAGUAAUCGAGGAUAUCACAGCGCUUGUUCGUAAGUUACAAGAGGUUCCCCAUUGGUACAAGAAACCUAAAUACACCGACAAACUCAAAGAACUCGAUGAAUCUCUGGAUACACAGAUAAUGUUACUGCAGGUGCCGACAGCAAGUAAGGUCUCUAACCUUUCGGUUAUAACAAGUAUUAUCGAGGGGGACACCAGAAAUAUCCGUAUGCAAAUGGGGAAUAUGAGUGUGCAAGUGGGGAGUAUGAGUAUGCAAAUGGAGAAUAUGGGUAUGCAAAUAGAGGAUUUGAAUACGAACCUUGAGAUGAUCAGGGAUAUGCGACAGAAUGGCCUAGUGCAAAAUCAAGUUAAAGGUUGUUGGUCUGGAGUACCUGAACCGCCAUCAUUUACAGUUGGAUUGGAUUUACGUUUGGAUGAAUUGAAGAAGAAACUUCUUGAGGAUGGGGUGUCAAUGGGUCUGGUCACUGGUCAUCCAGGCUCUGGGAAAACCACUUUGGCAAAAGCUCUUUGUCAAGAUAAGAAAGUGAAAGACAAAUUCAAGGGCAUCAUCUUUGUCGACGUUUCAAAAAGACCCAACACUGAGGUUGUGCAGGAAAUAUGUGAAAAAAAGGGUACCCAAAUACUUUCUUUCCAAUCCGAAGAAAUUGCACUUGACAGGCUGCAACAACUUCUGAAUAACACAGAAGAAGAUCCUGUGCUUUUGGUCCUGGAUAACGUUUGGCCUGGAAACAGGACAGAAUCCCUCCUGGCGAGCUUUAGGUUCAAAGAAUCGGAAAUGUCAAAUUACAAGAUUUUGGUGACAUCAAGAUAUAUGUUGCCAGGAUUUGAUGUUGAAUACCAUGUAGAAGAAUUGAAUGACAAUGAUGCAAUGAGUCUUCUCCGUAAUUCAGCACGCCUCACAAGUUCUUCUUCUAUUCCAGAAGAUCUUCAGAGACAGGUUGUGGAGUGCUGUAAGAGACUUCCACUGGCUAUUGAAGUGGUCGGAAGAUCACUUUUCGGCAAGAAUAUUGUGAUCUGGAAAGAUAGAGUAGAAGCAUGGUCUAGCGGUUCUUCUGUCAUUAAGUCUGAAAAACAUUUGCUUGUUUGCCUCCAAAGUAGUUUAGAUGCCCUGGGUGAAGAAAAUGCCCUCAUCAAGGAAUGUUUCAUGGACCUUGCUUCAUUUCCUCAAGGCCGAAGGAUUCCUGCUUCUGUCCUGAUUGAUAUCUGGAGUGUCCUCAUUGAUAUGUGGGCUGCGGAUAAAGAUAGUUCAUGUGUUGCAAAACUCUACGAGCUCACCUACUGGAGGCUGGCUAAUCUUGUAAUCACGAGGAAUGAGAAGGGGGAGGUGGAUGACUACUAUGGUGAACACUUCGUUACCCAACAUGAUCUCCUUAGAGAGCUGGCUGUCCACCAGACAGAUGAGGGCCCCGUAAAACUGAGGAGAAGACUGAUUAUAAACAUACGUGGAAACAAACUUCCCAAAUGGUGGAAAAAACAGAUGGAUCAGCCCUUCGAAGAAGUUCUUCUAGUAUCUAUUUCAACUGAUGGUCUCUUCUCAUCAAAAUGGCGCGACAUACAGCUACCGAAAGCUAAAGUUCUAGUUCUGAAUUUCCACACAAAGAACUAUGCAUUGCCCGAAUUUGUGAAGAAAAUGGAGAAAUUGAAGGUUCUAAUAGUCACAAAUUAUGGGUUCUUACCAGCUGAAGUGAGUAAUUUUACAUUGCUGGGUUCUUCAUCUAAACUAAAGAGGAUAAGAUUAGAGCGGAUUUCUCUUUCUUCCAUUACCAAGAACCCCAUAGUAUUGAAGAGACUACAGAAGAUAUCUUUCUUCAUGUGUAACAUGGGGCAAGCUUUUAGCAAAGGUUCCAUCAAAUUUUUUGAGGCAUUCCCAGACCUUCAAGAAAUCAACAUUGACUAUUGCAGUGAUUUGGUGGAAUUACCUGCUGACAUCUGUCUUCUAAUCCAUCUGAAAAAGCUCAGCAUCACCAACUGUCAUAAGCUAUCUGCCUUGCCUAAAAUGAUUGGAGAGCUAGUCAAUUUAGAAGUUUUGAGGUUAAGGUCCUGCACAGACUUGUCAGAGCUGCCAAGUUCAGUUAGGAAACUCAAAAAACUAAAGGUUCUUGACAUAUCCAAUUGCUACAGCAUUAAGGAGUUGCCUGAACACAUUGGUGAAAUGUGCUGCUUACAAAAGCUCAACAUGAGGCAGUGCUCGAGAAUGCAAGAGCUGCCUGAAUCAAUUUUGGAUCUUGAAACGUUGACUGAUGUGAUAUGUGAUGAAGAGACAAAAUUGUUUUGGGAAACUUACUUGCCCAGUCUCAGCAACCACAUACAGAUAACGGCGGUCAAAGAGGAAAUCAACCUAGAUUGGCUUUAAAUGCUUCACUCUUGAGAGCUUUCAUUCCUUUAUACAUGUAUGUGUGCUCAAUUUCUUCCCGGUUUUCCUUCUGUCGUUUGUUUCUUUGUUUGCUUUGCUUUUGUUAAAACAUGAGAUAUUAUGGGUGUUGUGUGAAAUCUGUGGAGAAACAGAGUAUUUGAAUUUUCA